AAGGAAACAAAUCCCAAUAUUGAUGAGGAUGAAAUAGUGGAAACUCGCGAUAAAAACUUCAGUAAAUGGUUGAAACAUCAAGUAAUCAUUAUGCCAACUACUCGAGGAAGAGGGCGUCGGGUUAAUCAAGCCAAUAAUCCUCAUCAGCUCACUCAAAUUGCUUCGAAUCCUCCACCACAUGUUUCUCAUCACUCACCUCGUGAUGGAUCUACUAGUUCAUUAGCUAAUGGUGGUGCUACAUCAGCUAGUGGUGGACAAUCAUCUGAUACCACCCCCUUGAUUAAUGGUGGUGAAUCAAAUACUAUCCCAACAUCUGAUAAUCAACAACCUACUAUGGUGCCUUCAAGUGAAGAUUCUAAUGUAGAAGUUGAUAGGAGGCAAAUAAUAUCCGUGGAGGCAGUUUCUAAACCGAAGAGGUUUGCUCAACAAUUUGUGACUCGUGAUAUCAUUUCUGAGGUAAUGUCAAGGAUGCCUUAUGCUGCAGAUUGUUGGAAAAGUUAUUGCCCUGAAAUGAAAGAAAUGUUAUUUAAUGAUUUUAAGGUAAGUAAUUAAUCUAAUAGUAUUAUAUAUUAUA